AUGGAAGAACGCCUUGACUGUGUGAAGCAGCUAUUAAGAAGUGGGUUGCACAGAGGGGAUGCCGCAGCAAUUUUUCCAAAGUGUCGAAUUUAUCAAACCUUCAUCUACUUUGCGAAUUGGUGUCAAUACGUGGACCUUGAGCGAGUCAUCAAAAUGGGAAUUGCUCCCUCUCAAAUCGAGAACGAUAACACUCGACCACAAUAUACGCUACACAGCAGUCCUAUUGCAGAUCGACCUCGUAAUGUAGUUCGCUUCAUCCAGUCUGCAGGAUUUCAUACCAAAAAUCGUAUUCUAGUGGCGUGCACACCUGAGGACCGACUUCGAUGGCAGAAGAUCUGCUUCAACUUUGCCAAGCGCCGAGAACUCUGCGUCGAUGUGCAGUACUAUCGAAACGGGCAAGUCAAAGAAUCGCAUCUCAACACCAAUGCGCCCCAUAUGCCGGAUGAAAGCACAUGGCAUAUGCUGGAAGCAUAUAAUAUCGAAAGCAAAACUCCAAUGUACACUUAUCGGAAGCGAAAGGAGGAAGCAAAUAAUCGGUUUGAUUGGAGCAUUGAAACUAGCGACCACGGGAGCACGGAGAGAUGCGAACUUGUACUAAUGGACUCGGAACAGUUCUAUCGAUGGCGUUUGUCUAUGACAGAAGAGGAGAUUGAUUUCAAGGACCAGCAGAUGAUUCUCCAUGCGCUGAAGCGGAACUGUGAUUGUCUAGUUGGAGGAUCCAACCCCUGUGUUUUAUGUUAUAAAGACGAAUACCAGGGGCGUGUUUUGAUGGCAGAUCCCUUUAAGACUCAGGAGGGGCCUGAUGUAUUUUGGUUUCAAAUAGAGGAAACACAAGUCACGCCGUGGGUUGAGUGGAUUGAUCUGGGGACAUCAGAGGGAGGGAGGAGGUUGGAGGAGCUGACUGGUCAAGAGGCGCCAUUGAGAAAUUGGCAAGUGGGAGAUUUCGGAGCUGCUGUGAGAGCCGAAAUUGGUAAGAAGACUUUGAGCCUGACUUGA